GCUCUAACGUCCUCUGGAAGAGGAAACGCUGCGAGCAGGCAGGUGCGAGGAAGCGGCGUGUAAAGCUCGGAGGGAACUAGCUGGAGCCUGUUCCCCCGCGAUAACGCUGCGGGCGAGGCGCGCGGAGCGUCCCAAAGCCACAGCUGCGAGCGAUGGGAAAGGCCACAGGUCAGGGAGAUCGGGGCCGGGCUCAAGCCCCCCUGGCCGUCCUGGGGCGGAGCGGAAAGGGGCAGCCUGAGGAACCCCGCCCCGCUGAAGCAGCGGAGGUCAGGACUGACCAGUGUAACAAGCCCGAGUCGGCGAGCUGUGGAUAGUUGGCUGAGCGCCUGGCACGAUUCAGUCACGGUUGUAGCGAACCUGUUUUCUCAUGGCGACGCUGCCCGGUCAGCUCAUGCCGGGGACCGGGUGUGUGUCACUAUAGCUUGUGUGUUUAAUCACAAUCGUUUAGUUGUAAUACAGCAAACAAUGGGGGGAGGCGGAGCCUUUAAAGCCUACUUCUAUCUGGGGUUGGAAAAUAAAUAGAACCCCCCCCCCCCGCCCCAAAGUGUCUUGUUAAGGUAUGAAUUACAGGGACAAAGGAAAGGGGGCGGGGGGGGGGACAGCAUCCUCAGGGCUUGGCUGCUUUCUUUGCGCGCACAGUGGAGCCAGAACCUGCAGGUUAAAAUGCCGGCUGGGCCCACCACGCCCAUGCCAGCUCUGCCAGCCCUUCUCAGAAGGCCUUUUUGGGUCCAUGUGGCCUGAUGGUCAGCAUCUGCCGCUCUCCCGAACUUCAGUGGGAAACGCGGGUCCUGGGUAAAAUCUGCUCCGAGGGCCCUGCUGCCCUCCUCUUUGAGUGCAGCCACCCUGCCACUUCGGUCGAAUCUCCGCGCUUUGGGAAGAUUAAGAAAGAUUCUUCCACUCUUACUGUAAAGUUGUGUGCUUUAAUGCCCCCCCUGCAUUUAUAGUUAGUAUAACUGUGAUACAGAUCAGUCCAAGUUUAUAAUAUGCUGCAGCUCCCUGUGUUAAGACAUCAGUAGCAGAUGAUUAGGGCGGAAUUGGAAACAAAGGAAACGAGCCUCACUCACAUACCAUUGCAUUUUCAGUGAAACUUGCCUUUGAGAAAAGAAGGGGGGAUUUAUGAUCAAUAAUCUAGUUAUAGGAAGAAGAAACAAACACGCUGCUCAUUAGAUCAGAGUUUAUUGAGUCAAAUCCUUCAGUUCUGGUGGGCUUCAUCGGGGGCUCAGUGAGUUCACUGGAAGUUUAGCCCCUGUAAGAACAGGGCCCUGGUAUCAGGAUUCAGGGUUAGAGAGGGAAUAUCUUCUGUUUGCUCUCCCAAUUAGGAACAAUCUGAAUAUACGGUGUCCCGGUGUCUUUUAUUGCCGAUUCAUUUGUGCUUGCGGUAUGUUUUUCCACUGGCUUAUCUAAACGCAGAAAAUGCUCAGUGACAGGUUUUCUAAUACCGUUUAUGAUACUUACAGUGAUUAACCCCCUGGGCGGUUCUUAGCAUUCUCUGCCCCUCGCAUCACAGAGGCGAAGUCAUGCUUUAUAAAUAACGUGUAAAUUGGGGUGGUUUGAAGUUGAUGAGGUCCUGUAUCGCUUUGAUCGCUAAACUUCCAGGCGUUGGUGAAAGAUUGGCUACAUUUCUGGCUAGACAAUUGGCGCCAAAUUCAAGCUGAGAGGAGUGCAGGGUUCAAUUUGUACCCGUUAAACCAGAAACACAGCAAUAAUACAGCCCGGAGCUGGGAAAUCGAGCCAACCCAGACUUUUGACGUCUCCCUACGACCUUUACAAUGGACUUGGAUUUGUUCCUCUCAUUAGUUUGCAGCAGAAGGGAUGCGGGUAUUGGUAGGGAACGUAGAAGGGAUUCUGAUAGAAAAUCGAUCAUGACAUUUAUUUACCACGUAGUAACGUUUGGUGUUACAUGAUUGCUAGACUACCCCUUAUUCUCCCCUUAAGCAGGAGUCCCCCUACGGCUUUUGCCGACCCGAAAAAUAGUUUGCAGUGUUGUAGCCUGUUGGGCUCAGGAUAUUGGGCAGACAAGGUGGGUGAGGUCAUAUCUUUUAUUGGGCCAGCUAGAGAAAUUGGUCCAAUAGAAGAUAUGACCUCAUCCACCUUGCCUCUGAAAUAUAUACUGCCAGUCUAACGAGGACAUUUCAAAGGAUUACCUACCUGGUAGCUUCAUUUAGAUCUGCAUUUUGAAAGGCAGGGAUUGAUGUAAAAUCUCUGUUCUAACAGAGUUCUGGGUUGUGUUAAUGGGUGAUAAAUGUUCUCAGACAUAGAACCGGAACCUUGCAUGAUAAAGUUACAAAACCGCUGCUCCAUUCACGCCCCUGCCCUAAGGAGCUCCCUGAUUAUGGCUGUAAUGAGAUGCGGUUGCUAAUGCUUGGAGAUCUAUGCAAUUUAAAAUAUGUCGUAUGUGCCUUUUGUGUUAGUCCAUCGAUGUUUGGAAGGGACAUGAUUGAACCCCAUCAUUCUGCCAUUAGCUGGAGUGUAACUGUCUUUAAAAGCCCUUUUGCUGGUCUUUUGUUCGGUGCGGCUGGAAUUGUCCAUGCCGCCACUCCCCGCUCCAGGGGAGAAUCAGGAGGGGCCCAGAGCAGGUUUGCAUUUCAAGGGGGGCAGAAACAAUCCUGCAGACUCUCUGGAGCCAGGGGCUGCAGACAUUUGCCAGACGUGUGAACUCUACUCCUAACUGACAGCUGUUAUCUCUUUUCUCUCCGUACUUUGAUGUGGAUUCACACUUGCAAACGAGCCCGCGGGGGAGGGCCCCCCUAUAAAUAAAUGGAGGCCCCCCCACCCACCCGCUUGCCCUCCCCUCCAGCCGAGCAGCGCUAGCUAGGCCGAGGGAGCUGCAGGCAGCGCCUUCCUGAGCCCAGCUCCUUCAGCCGCCGCUCGCCAUGGGCGAGGCCGCCUGCUUCGUGGGCUCCCCGGCCCAGCCUGACAGCGAGGAGCAAAGGCGAGCGGGCAGGCCUCACAUCUGCUGCGUGCCUCCUCCGCGGGCCCCCACCUCCUUCAGCAGGAGUCCCCGCCUGGCCAAAGCAAAGCCCAAAGAGGGAGCCACGGCCGGGGGCCAGCUCCAGCCCAGGAGCUCGUGCCGAGAGGAGCUGGAAGACACCAAGCCCCAGGAGUUGCCCAAUGGCCGAGCAAGUCCCGCUCCCGAGGGCGGCUGGGUGAGCGCCGACGAGUCCUCCGGGUACGAGAGCGAAAGCGCCGCCUCCUGCAUCCCCUCGCCGCCGGGGAAGGACGAGCCCCAGCAGCGCAGGGCGCGAACCGCCUUCACCCCGGAGCAGGUCGGCAAGCUGGAGAAAACCUUCAAGCGGCAGAAGUACGUGGGGGCGGCGGAGAGGAAGAAGCUGGCGGCCGCUCUUCAGCUGUCCGAGAUUCAGGUCAAAACCUGGUUCCAGAACCGCAGGAUGAAACUUAAGAGGCAAAUACAAGACCACCAUCAUAGCCUCGUAUCUUCAGAUCACUUCUAUGGCUAUAAGCAAGGGACCCCACCAAAUAUGUUACAGGAUUAUUCCCACUAUCCUAGUCCACAACAACAAAGACUGCUGCCUUUUGCUCCUAAUUCUGCUUUACAGUUCAACUCUUCCUUUCAAAUAUAUGACUCCCAAAACCCAUCAUACUCCCUUAGGGCACAUGAUUUCCCUUUUUUCCACCAACACUUUCUACCACAAUUCUCUGUCCAUCCAGUUAUACAGAACAAAAUGGACAACAAGCAAUUUAAUCCUCUUCAAACAUUAUAACCAAAGCAAAGUGGAAGAUAUGAGAAAGGUAUAAUAUAAUACACUGUAUAUGGUUCACUUGUACAUAAAAUGUCUGUAGAAGUGUGUUUUUAAUAUAAAGUUUAAAUAUAUUCAUUCCUAAAUUAA